UCCGUUAUCACAACCUUCUUUCCUUAAUUUCAUAUUCUUUAUUACCAAUUAUCCUCAGCCCUCUCUUUCCAAGCAACAUCAGCCGCCUUCUCUCUCUCUCUCUCUCUUCUUUCCUCCUCAGUAUAAAGAUCCUCACUCUCCUCGUCGCCCCCCCAACACUAGCAGAUUCGACCUUCUGUUUUGCUGUCUUCUUUGGUUUUUUUCUGGUCUGAGUUCACACCAUCUACGCAGCUAUGACCUUCGAGAACCUUGGUAAGCCUAUAAAGAUCCGGGAAGUGUAUUCCCAGAACCUCGAAUCCGAAUUCGAGUUGAUCUCGGAUCUGGUGGAUCGUUACCCCUUUAUCUCCAUGGAUACGGAAUUUCCUGGAGUUAUCUUCAAGCCCGAGACGUCUUCGACCCACCGCCGUCCACGGAGGCCGUCCCCCUCGGAUCACUACCGUCUCCUCAAGUCGAACGUCGACGUCUUGAGCCUCAUCCAGCUCGGCCUCACUCUCUCCGACGCCUCCGGGAACCUCCCUGAUCUGGGCUCAGGCGAGCGCUUCAUCUGGCAGUUCAACUUCUCAGACUUCGACGUGGCGCGUGACCCACACGCUCCGGACUCCAUCGAGUUGCUCAAGGCCCACGGGAUUGACUUCGAGGAGAACCGGGUCUCCGGGAUCGACUCGGCCCGUUUCGCGGAGCUGAUGAUGAGUUCCGGAUUGGUGUGCAACGACGCCGUCAGCUGGGUCACGUUCCACAGCGCGUACGACUUCGGGUACCUGGUGAAGGUGCUCACGCGGCGCGCGCUGCCGGGCGGGCUGAGCGAGUUCUUGGCGAUUCUGAGGGCGUUCUUCGGGACCAACGUGUACGACGUGAAGUACUUGAUGCGGUUCUGCGAGAGCUUGUACGGGGGGCUGGACCGGGUGGCUCGGGCGCUGGACGUGGACCGGGUGGUUGGGAAGUGCCACCAGGCCGGUUCCGACAGCCUGCUGACGUGGCACGCGUUUCAGAAGAUGAGGGAUGUGUAUUUUGUGAAGCAGGGGCAUGAGAAAUAUGCUGGCGUGUUGUACGGAUUAGAAGUUUAUUAAGUAGGGGAUUAUAUGGGAUAUUAGGAUUAUUGUCAAAUUGUUGAUAAUUAAUUAAUUAAUUAACCAUUGGUUAAUAGCAAUAAUAUUACAUAUUCUUUGGAAAACAA